GUAUUCUAGAAAUUACCUCCUCCUGUCCUUCCCCCCCCAAAUGAGAGAUACGAGAUAACGGUCAUUCGGGAGGAAGCUGGAACGCCCCUGUCAAGACCCAGUCUCAAGUCUACCGGAAUAAUUGCUGGUCGCUUUCCAAUGCUAUUCUAUCCCACACAAUCUUAAAUAGUUUAUAGGAAUAAGCAUUCUCCUUCAUGAUUUGAGAGGCUAUGUGGAGGAGAAUGCCGCAACCCAGAUCAGUUGCUGGAUAGAGAGGCUUUACCUCACCUUAGGUUUCCUCAUUCCCCCUAGAUCCAUAAAAAAUUAGAAACCUCCCUAUUGAGAAUAAAGGUGGGAUAAAUCCAAAAUGAGGUGCCGUCCUCUGACCGUCGCUGGGUACUGAGAGUAAAGGAGCCCGAAAUCUUAGGGUGGAUAUAAAUGGUUUAAAGAAAAGUUGAAAGAAGAGUUAAUUAAUGGCAUGAUGCCUUUACUUCUUUGUUAGCCUCAGUGAUUGACGUCUAAACCACUGAUCAGGUGAUGUUUUGGGUCCACGGACUGAUCGGUCCAUAACUACCGGGCGCGGCUCCGUCGAGUGCUGUCCCGCACCAUCAUCGCCCAACGAUUGCCGCUCUACCUAAAAAUAGCAACUCCCCAGCAGUCUUCUUCCUCCUUUUCAUUUAAUUGUUGGUUCGGCAAUAAAUAGGGGAGUUUGCGGCAGAUGGUGUAGGAGAGGGAGGGGAGUAAUGGGGGCUGUCGGCGGCGAUGAGCUGGCGCGGCUGGAGGGGUUGGAGGCGGUGGCGGAGGCAGGUGGAGGAGGAGGCGGCGGCGGCGGAGGUGGGGGCGGGAAGGUGGAGAGGAUAUUGGUGUCGGUGAGGCUGAGGCCGCUGAGUGAGAGGGAGAUCGCGAGGAAUGAUCCCUGCGAUUGGGAAUGCAUCAACGACACCACCAUUAUUUUCAGGAACAGCGUCCCGGAACGGUCCAUGUUCCCAACCGCCUACACAUUCGACAGAGUAUUUUGGUGUGAUUGCCCCACAAGACAAGUGUAUGAGGAGGGAGCUAAAGAAGUUGCACUUUCAGUUGUUAGUGGUAUAAAUUCUAGUAUUUUUGCAUAUGGACAAACAAGCAGUGGAAAAACAUAUACAAUGUCUGGAAUAACUGAAUACACUGUUGCUGAUAUAUAUGACUACAUACGUAGGCAUGAGGAGAGAGCAUUUGUCCAGAAGUUCUCGGCAAUGGAGAUAUACAAUGAAGCUGUAAAGGAUCUCCUCAGCACAGACAGCACUCCCCUUAGACUUUUAGAUGAUCCAGAGAAAGGAACUAUAGUGGAGAAACUUACAGAGGAAGUUUUGAGGGACUGGAACCAUCUCAAGGAGCUCAUUUCUGUAUGCGAAGCUCAAAGAAAGAUAGGCGAGACCUCCCUAAAUGAAACAAGCUCCCGAUCCCAUCAAAUACUCAGACUGACAAUUGAAAGUUCUGCUCGUGAGUUUUUGGGUAAAGAGAACUCAAGCACACUCGUGGCCAGUGUGAAUUUUGUCGAUCUGGCAGGGAGUGAACGUGCAUCUCAAGCUUUAUCUGCUGGUGCAAGACUAAAAGAAGGUUGCCACAUAAACCGAAGUUUACUUACCCUGGGAACUGUUAUUCGUAAGCUAAGCAAGGGAAGAAACGGGCACAUUCCAUAUCGAGAUUCAAAGCUGACUCGCAUACUACAACCUUCCUUGGGAGGUAAUGCAAGAACUGCAAUUAUUUGCACAAUGAGCCCUGCACGAAGCCACAUUGAGCAAUCCAGGAAUACCCUUCUAUUUGCAAAUUGUGCGAAAGAAGUGGUUACCAGUGCACAGGUCAAUGUAGUGAUGUCUGAUAAGGCAUUGGUCAAGCAUUUGCAAAAAGAGCUUGCUAGAUUGGAAAGCGCAUUGAAAUAUCCAGGAUCAUCUUCCGGUGCCGAAUCAGUAUUAAAGGAGAGAGAUGCUCAAAUCAAAAAGAUGGAGAAAGAAAUAAGGGAACUGAUCCAGCAAAGAGAUCUAGCUCAAUCUCGGCUAGAGGAUUUGCUCCAAGCUGUUGGGGAUGGUCGUGCUUCGACACAAUGGGAGGAAUCCAGCCAAACUUCGAUGUCCCAGGUACCUUAUGCAGGCGAGGAUGUACUUUCUGCAUCGGGGUCAUCAGAUGUUGUUGAUCAUGGUGUAGAUUUUCGGCCAACAGAGUUGGGUACAUUAGAUAACGAACAUUACCUUUGUCUUGCUGAAAAACAAAACCAGGACAUUGUGUCACCUAGGCACCUAAUAACCAGUCAUGUUAUCGAACUAAUACCGCAUCAGGAUGGAGGAGGUGAGGUAGCUCAGAACCCCUGUGAAGAUUUUGAGGAUAUAUGCAAGGAGGUCCGCUGUAUUGAGAUGAAUGAGACAAGUAGAGAUGAAGAUUCUGAAGGAAACAAAAAUCUGCAGCACCCGCGUAUAGAUUCUUUCAGACAUGGAGGUCAAGAACCAAAACCAACAGGGCAGAUGGACUUCGAAACUCUUGGUACAAAUUCUCUCACCUUAGAGCAGCAUCUGCAGAAUGUGAGAAAGACUUUUAACAAUCUUGUCAAAGCAUAUCCUGAUGGAUCAUCUCCAUGGUCAUCAGCACGAGACAUAUCAAACUUUAGAGGCUUGACACUGUACAGAAGUAAAAGUUGCAGGGCAACUCUGAUGAGCUCUUCUUCUUGGUUCCAGGAGGUUGAACAGAAUGAUAACACGCCUCCUGACAGAUCUUUAAAAGAUUUUCCUGGAAGGCCUGGAGGGUUUCAAAGAAGACAGAUUGCAUUAAAUUAUGAUGCUGAAAUGGAAACACUUUCAAGAGAUGGAACUCAGGCUUCUGGACAUAUUGCUCUUGAAGAACAGAGUGUUAAGACUGAUGCUGAAGGGAACAUUACCAGCAUCCAUGAUUUUGUUGCUGGACUUAAGGAGAUGGCUCAAGUUCAGCAUCAGAAAAAACUUGCUGUGGGUCAGGAGAUGGAACAGAAUGCCAAUGAAGACUUUGGAGUUGAGGGAACCUUAAAGAGUGUCGGCCUGGAUCCAAUUUUAGACUCCUUACAAUCUCCUUCAAGAUGGCCACUGGAAUUUGAGAGAAAGCAGCAAGAAAUUAUUGAGCUUUGGCAUAAAUGUGAUGUCUCCUUAGUCCACAGGACUUAUUUUUUCCUUCUCUUCAAAGGUGAUCCAACAGAUUCUAUUUAUAUGGAAGUGGAGCUCAGGAGGUUAUCCUUUCUAAAGAGCGCUUUCUCCAGGGAAGAUAUUGAUAAAGCUGCAGGUGGCGGUCAGAGUCUUACUCCGCCAUCGAGUAUGAAGAAGCUUCGGCGUGAAAGGGAAAUGCUCUGCAGGCAGAUGCAGAAGAGGCUUUCAGCAGAAGAAAGGGAGAGCCUCUACACCAAAUGGGGCAUUGCAUUGGACUCCAAACAGAGGAGACUACAGCUUGCUCGCCGCCUUUGGACUGACACUGGAAAUCUGGAACACAUUAGAGAGAGUGCAUCUCUUGUCGCAAGGCUGAUAGGGCUCCUAGAACCAGGGCAGGCGCUUAAGGAGAUGUUUGGGCUUAGCUUCACACCUCAACAACUUAAUCGGAGGUCAUAUCGCUGGAGACGUGGAAUGUCUUCUCUCAAAAUGAGCAACGCGUGAAAAUUGUUGCAACCUGCCAAUUAAGCUCCAUCUUUCAUGGGUUGAGUUUAAUUAAACUGUUUCUUAUUGUAAUUCUUUUGUUGUGAUUGAAGUGUAGAAAGGUUUGUAAAUCAAGUGGGAUUAACCACGUGAUAUUGUGGAUUGCUGGUGCCUUCCAAUCGUUGCUCAUUCUUUUCUUGACAGCAGCAAGUUAGUGAUGGUGUGGAUGUACGAGUGAAAAUUUUAUUGUUGGUUAUUGUCAUCUGCUAGUCUGACAUUUUUCCCUUUUUUAACAAAGGUGACACUACAUCCAAUGUGUAUUUGGACCC